AAAGAAGGGGGUCGAUUUAGGCUCCUUCCACUGCAUAGCCGCGCUAGCAGGUACUAUAAGCCCUCUGUCCCACGCAUCUAACCAGCUCGCGUGGUUCACCGGUUCCACCGAAAACUCUCAUUUGUUGAAGCGGAGCAUAGUGCGCUUUAGGCGCCGAGCGAGAAACGUCUCUUCUUUCGUUUCGAGCAGGCUAGGCCUCUCCAGCGGAGCUGGGCGCCGGGGCCCUGAAUGUGCUAGCGAUCGGCACAUAGGGGGUGGUUGCCCGGGUUUCUCGGCCUGGUAUCCUGCACCUCGCGUUUAUGAUAUAUACAUUCAACUCUGCCCCGGAGACACGGUCGAAGCACGCCCGCCCAGCGUGCUUCUUUCACGACAUGCUCUGGUCCCGGGUGUUUUCCAGUGGUCUUCUAGCCUUAGAAGAAGUCGUGUCCGGGACGGACAUCUGCAACGUCCUCCCACGCUUUAUUUUAAAUAG